CCUACUCCGGCGAGAGCCCAGAGCUGCCGACUGCGCAUGCCCACACCGAGAGAGGGCGGGGUCGCGAGCAACUGUGUCAGGGAAGGGGUCCAAGCUUGGUCUCUGGAAAGCGGGCUGGAUUGAGAUUGGGGACCCAGGAGCCAUACCUCCUCAUGUAUCGCCCUUUACUGCUUGCUUUGGAGGACGGAGGUGCCCAGUCCUAUGAAGAACAACACUCCCGUCGCUGGCAGGGGCUGGGAGUCAUGAUCCUUUAUCCUCUAUUAAUAGACGAGGUUCUAAGCCCCUCACUUGCUUGGAUGUAGAAUGACACAACCCCUCACCCCUUUAUUUUUUUUUUACCUGGGCCUCAGUUUUCCCCAUCGGUAAAAUAGAGGGUUAGAUAUGCGAAGCGCUAUUAUUCCCAACUGCAACGGGGGGUGGGGUGGGUGAGAAGGAGGGAGAGACAAGGGACCUACACGUGACCUCCCGCGCGGGCCCCGCCUAUCCCUUGUCCAGGGGAUGGAAGCAUCCCGCGGGGACGAGCGGGCGGGAUGAGUGGAUCCUAAGAAGCACGACUCAGCCAUCCUGGGCAGCGGCUAAAGCGGAGCGCGCCGCUCGCGGGUUAGUCCUAAAGACGGUACCCGAGGAUGGGGACCACAACCCGGGCUUCGCAGGGGGCCGCCGUGGAGGCCAGGGCAGGACAGAGACUCAGCGUGUGACCUGAGCGUAUCUGGGAGGAUGGACGAGGAGACCGGAGGCAGCUAAUGCGCCGGGCGGCGCACAUCGCGAGUCCCUAUCUGGCUCCGUCGACAGCACUGCAGCACGGAGCGGGUCUGGGGCCAUGAGGAAGGUGCCGGCGGCCCGAUCCGGAGCCGCAGGGGGGAUUGGCCGUUUGGCUGGGCGGAGGGCCUGAGGCCGGGAGGGGCGCAGGCUGUCAAGUCGCGCCGGAGCGCACCGCUAUGGCGAGGGAGGAGUGCAAGGCGCUGCUGGACGCGCUCAACAAGGUGACCGCGUGCUACCACCACCUGGUGCUUACUAUCGGGGGCUCGGCGGACUCGCAGAACCUGCGGGAGGAGCUGCAGAGGACGCGCCAGAAGGCGCAGGAGCUGGCGGCGGCCACCGGCGCGCCGCUGACGACCGCGCUGCGAGACAAGGGCCUGCGCGCGGAGGAACGCGCCGAGUUCGAACGCCUGUGGGUGGCCUUCUCCGGCUGCCUCGACCUGCUGGAGGCGGACAUGCGGCGCGCGCUGGCGCUGGGCGCCGCGUUCCCCCUGCGCGCGCCGCGGCGGCCGCUGGUGCGCACCGGCGUGGCGGGCGGCGCGGCGGGCGUGGCGGCCCGCGCCCUGAGCGCUCGCGCCCUGCGGCACGAGGCGGAGCGCCACUUCGACGCGGACGAUCUGCGCGAGCUGGAGCGGGAUAUCCUUCAAGUGGGCACGAUGAUCUACGACCUGGAGAUGAAGGUCAACGUGCCCCGCUGGACGGUGCAAGCCCGGCAGGCGGCGGGCGCCGAGCUCCUGACCGGUGCCGGAGCCUCCUCGGCGGGUUUGGUGUCCGUGGAAGAGCGCACAGGGCCCUGCGACCCGAGCAAGGCCCUGGCUGCCACCGUGUUCGGCGCCGUGCUGCUGGCCGCCGUGGCCCUGGCGGUGUGCGUGGCGAAGCUGAGCUGACCGACACCCGAGAGCCUGCCGCCCAACUCCUUCCGGACCGCCGCCGCUCCUUCCCCAGAGAUGCUCCUCUCCCGGAGUGACGCUUCCCGCCGGGACUUGGGAUGGGAAUGGAAUCUGGCAUGUUUAAGGGGAGCGAUUCUAAAACCC